AUCUUCUUCACUAUUACAAAACAAACCAGACGUAUAUAUUUUGUUGAGUAACACAAAAAAAAAAAACAAGAAAGUAUCUUCUUCAAGCAAUUAAUAGAGAGGGAGAAUAAACAGAGACCAACACACAGAAACAGAGUUCAGAGAAACAUGGGGAAGCACUUGUUCCGAUCCUCACCUCCACAAGAGAAACAACAACCUCACCAAACCCUCGCCGAAACAGCUCUCCAAGAAUGUAUGAGCGACAUCACCACCGUCAUCUCCAAAUGGACUUCUUCCUCCUCCAACGAGUUCCUCUUCUCCACCAACAGCCGUCGCGAAGCAGAGGAGUUCGUCGAAGCCGUGAGGCGUUUACACAGCACCAUGCACCGCCUUGUCGCCGUCAACCCUUCCUCCGAUAAGCUCAUCUACGCGCAGAACCUCAUGCAGUCCGCGAUGAACCUCCUCGAAUCCGAGUUCCAGCGCGUGCUCAAGGAGAAUAAACAGUACUUAGACCCCGAGAGCGUCUCUCUACGUUCUUGCAGAUCGUCGAGAAAAUUCAGCACUUCGACGGUGACUAGCAUCUCCGACUCGGAAGACGAGUACGAGGAGAACGCCUCCGCCGAAGAGCAUAGAUUCUCCGGCGGAGAUUCCGACGCCAUGGACGAUCUCAAAAUGAUUGCGGACUGUAUGAUCUCCACGGGGUACGCUAAAGAAUGUGUCAAAGUUUACAAAACCGUGCGGAGAUCCAUCGUCGACGAGACGCUUCACAACUUAGCUGUUGAGAAACUGACUCUCCAUCAGAUUCAGAAGAUGGAUUGGGAGAUUCUCGAACCUAAAAUCAAAUCGUGGCUACGUGCUGCAAAGUUAGCUGUUCGUUCCCUCUUCUUUGGAGAGAGGAUCCUCGCCGACCACGUGUUCUCCUCCUCAACCAACAUAGUCGAAGCUUCUUUCACAGAUAUCACACAAGAGGGAGCCUUAACGCUCUUUACCUUCCCCGAACACGCGGCCAAGAUCAAGAAGCUCUCACCAGAGAAGAUGUUCAGGUUCUUGGACAUGUACGAGUCUCUGGCCAAUCUCUUCGUGGAGAUCGAGUCGAUAUUCUACUUCGACUCCGCCGCGGCAGUUCGAUCUCAAGUGAUCAACUCCUUAGCGAAACUCGGCGACGCGGUGCGUUUCAUGAUGACGGAUUUCGAAACCGCGAUUCAGAAAGAAACGUCCAAAACGCUGAUCGUAGGCGGUGGAGUUCACCCUCUCACUCGUUACGUCAUGAACUACCUCUCGUUCCUCGCUGAUUACAACGAGUCCAUCUCCGUUAUCUUCGAGAACUGGCAGCUCACGGUGCCGUCUCCUUUACCGGAGUCUUUAUUCGGUAGCGGAGGGGACGAUGCUCGUCCGGAGGAUUUGUUUACGUCUCCGGUGUCGUUACGCAUCGCGUGGGUGAUUCUUCUGACUCUUUGUAAAAUCGACGGGAAAGCUCAACCGUAUAAAGACGUGGCGAUGUCUUAUUUGUUCCUCGCGAAUAAUCUCCAAUACGUCGUCGUAAAGGUCCGUUCGUCUAGCUUGAAGGCUCUUCUAGGGGAGGAUUGGGUGGCGAGGCAUGAGGGGAAGGUGAGACAGUACGCGGAGAAGUUCGAGAAGCUCGCGUGGGGGAAAGUGCUGACGUCGUUACCGGAGAAUCCUUCCGAGGAGAUUACGCCCGAGGAGGCUAGGGCUUUGUUCGCUAGGUUUAACGAUGAGUUCGAGGCGGCGUAUAGGAAACAGAUUUCGUGGGUUAUACCCGACCCGAAGCUUAGGGACCAGAUUAAAAUCUCGUUGAGUCAGAAACUAAUGGCGGUUUGUACCGAGUUUUAUGAGGUGAACCGGUUUGGUUUGGGAGGUGGGACGUUUAAUGUCAGGUAUACCCCUGAGGAUAUAGGGAAUUAUCUCUCGGAUCUUUAUUUUGGAAGUAGAGGGUCAGGGAGUGUCUCGACAAAAGGAUCUGGAUCCGGGUCCGGUUCUGGUUCGACUACUACGGGUAAAUCUUGGGGAGGGCGUAGCCAUUGAAUGAAAAAUAUCGUGAUAUUUUUACUUAAUAUUAGCAAUAUUUUAUUUAUUUUGGGUGGUGUGUGGUUAAAGUGGGCACAGUGAUGAGUGCAUGAAUGAUCGUAUCGUAUCUCCUUUUUUUCAUGUACAGAUAUGUUAAAUUAUUGGAUCAAAUUCUACUUUUAUUAAUAUAUUCAUUCGAUUCUUUUUUUUUUGUAACUUUGUGAUUUAUCAACGAAAAAAGGAAAAUACGAUGAUUAUUU